GACAGGAUUUAUUAGCUUAUUAGAUUUUGAUUAUCAGCUAAUUAUCAAGACAAUUUCCUCUUUCCACAGGUCCCAUAGGUGGGGCUUAAUUUUUCAUCCCACUCAUCAAUUACAAAUAAAAAUAUUUUUCACAUUGUCUAUCUUUUAAGCAUUCUUUGGUUUUCUGGAUUUCGGAUAAUUCCCAACCAAGAAACGAUUAACAAUUCCCCAAGCAGUGUCACUAUGCUACAAAGAGAAGAGUUUUCACUUUAAAAUUUCCAAGAGCCUCGGAACAACUUGUAUUAGAAUUCAGGAGGCAGUGACCUUUGAGGAUGUGGCUAUGACCUUCACCAGGGAGGAGUGGACUUUGCUGGACCCAUCCCAAAAGAAGCUCUACAGAGAUGUGAUGUGGGAAACUUUUAGGAAUAUGUCUACUAUAGAAAGAAACCACGAUGCUGAGCAAAUUGAGGAUGAGUACAAAAGUUGCAGGAGAAAUCUAAGAAAUAGAGAGGUAGAGAAAUGGUAUCAGUAUGAAUUAUGGCAUCAACAUAAAGAAAUGGUUUUCCAGUCUCCAGAUGGCCAUGUGUACGUGAAAGCAGUUGAUACGAAACCAGAUGAAAACCUUACCUGUGGAAAGUACCUGGUUGGUCACUCAGCAAAUGUGCACAUCAUAACUAACACUGAACUCAAAGCAUGUGAGUCUCAGGGCUUUUAGGAAAGGCUGUCUAACUGUGGCAAACAUGGGGAAGCCUGCCCUGAAUCCCAGUCCUUUCAGAAGUGUGCUAAGACAACUCCUGGAGAGAAAGCCUACGAAUGUAAGCAAUGUGGAAAAUCCUACUCUGAUUGCACUGAAGGAAGUAACAUAGAAGAGAAGCCCUUUGAAUAUAAACAAGAUGAAAAAGGCUUUAGUGCACUGAACUGUGUUCAAAUCUGAGAAAGACAUCACAGUGGUGUGGAUACAUAUGUAUAUAUACAAUGUGGAAAAGAUUUUAAAUCUCACCAUGAUGUUUGGAUAUGUGAAAGAACUCACACUAGAGAAAAACAGUAUGUGUCUAAGGAUACUGGAAAAUCCUUAAGUAAAAACUCCUCAUCUUGUAAACUUGAAAGAAGAAAAACAGGGGAGAAACCCUAUGUAAGUAAGCAAUGUGGGAAGGCUUUCAGCAGGCAGGGUGAUUGUAAAAGACAUGAAAGGGCUCACACUGGGGAGACACCCUAUAUAUACAAGCAAUGUGGGAAAGCUUUUGGUACAUACAGUCACUGCAUCCUGUAUAAUAACCCUCCUGUCUCUCUCUUCUCCCUUUAAAGAUUUUUAAAAUUAUG